UCAUCACGAAGUUUGCCAUUUUCGUUGGCAUCCCCGUUUCCGAGUUACUAUCGUGUAACUCUUUUCUCCGAGUCACAACCAUGGCCCAAGGCAUUCUAGUUGCCCCAGGGCAAGUCCUAGGAAACCCAAAGACAGAAAAAGCUGGGCCAAACACCCAUAUACAAAAUGGGCAAAUUUGCGCCUCUGUUUUCGGUCUGGCAGAUCACAACCAAGCACCAACUCAAGAUACCAACAGUACUCCGGUGAAGACCACGGCGAAGACCACAGAUCGUGCGACGGUCUCUGUAACGACCACGACCUCAUCCAUCAACCCCAUUUCGCCAACAAUCAACUCCAUCGUUCUGGCCCGAGUCACUCGUCUGACCCUUAAGCAAGCGACCGUUUCGAUCUUGGCCAUCUCACCCUCGGACUCCGCAGCCUCCUCCUCCCUCGCCGUCUGCACAACCCCUUUUAACGGGCAAAUACGACUUCAGGAUAUCCGCGCCACCGAGAAGGACAAAGUGAAGAUGCUGCAAUCUUUCCGCGUCGGCGAUAUUGUCCGCGCAAUUGUUAUUAGUCUGGGAGAUCAGGCUGCGUACUAUCUAAGUACAGCUCGAAAUGACUUGGGCGUGGUCAUGGCAUGGGCAGAUGAUGGGGAGCAGCUGGUUCCAGUCAGCUGGAAAGAGAUGGAAGGCAUGACUACAGGAAAGCGAGAGGACCGAAAAGUGGCGAAGCCCAUCUGAGCUCGCAUUUUUCAGUUGUUGUCUGUUCACCAAACUCCAGCGGUCACUGUUUCGGAGAAGCCGGCGUAAGCGAGCGCGAAGAAUGUUCGGUACAAAAGUCGAUGGAAAUGACC